AGAAGCCGCCCAGCACACACCCCAGCUCACCAGCCGAGGAAACUUAUAACCUCGGGACGCAGGGCCCUCCCCUCACUGCAGUCACAUACCUCCGGUAGAGCGGACCAAGCAGCUAGCAGCUCCUGCCACUCCGGGCACCUCUGUCGCUGGGACCCUCAAGGAACUUUCUCCACCCACAAGUUACCGAACCAGCCACGAUGUUGGUGUUACUGGCUGCCAUCUUUGUGAUCCACAUUGCCACCUGUGUGAUGCUGUUUGUUUCCACCAUAGCCAAUGUCUGGGUGGUUUCAGAUACUAUCAACGCAUCUGUAGGUCUUUGGAGAAACUGUACCGGUGGGGACUGCGGUGGAGGCCUGUCAUACGGCCAUGAAGAUGCCCUCAAGGCGGUGCAAGCAUUUAUGAUCCUCUCCAUCAUCUUCUCCGUCAUCUCCCUCAUCAUCUUCGUGUUCCAGCUCUUCACCAUGGAGAAGGGAAAUCGGUUCUUCCUGUCGGGGGCCACCAUGCUGGUGUGCUGGCUGUGCGUAUUGAUCGGAGCCUCCAUCUACACUCACCGUUAUGCCAAUGGCGAUAGCAACUCUUUUGAACGAAGUCACCAUGGCUAUUCCUUCAUCCUGGCCUGGAUCUGCUUCUGCUUCUCCUUCGUUGUUGGCGUUCUCUAUCUGGUCCUGAGAAAGAAAUAAGCCUGAACAAGUGUAUGGGGACCUGGGGGGUGGGGAGGAGGAAGCAGUCGAAUCGGGGAGGGAAGCAGAAGUUGUGCAGGAA